AUGUGGAACGGACAUAUAUUUGGAGUUCUUCAAGCUCGAUUUGCAAUUAUUAGAGGAGCGGCUCGAUUCUCGAAGAAAGAAGACUUACAUGAAGUCAUGUUUGCAUGCAUUAUUCUGCACAAUAUGAUAGUUGAGGAAGAACACAGUGGAUAUAGAAACACUUAUAUUUUUGAUGAUACUCAAUUUCCCACAAACCUUAACUAUGAAAGUUCGUCCUCUAUCCCGCCUGUUGAGCUUUUGAGAGAUUUUAAUAAUACGGCAUAUGUUAGUUUUCUUGGUCGAUAUCGAAAUCUGAUAAAUCAAGGAAAACACAAUGAAUUAAGAAGGAGACUGAUAGCACACUUGUGGGAUAAACGUGCUCAAAUUGGUGAUGUUGAAGAUUGUGAUGGUGAUGACGAUGAUAAUAAUGGUGAAUGA